UCCUCCCCGCCCCGGGAGCACCUUCCCACCUGCCCAGCCAUGGGGGAGGACCUCGCCCAAGCCGAGAAGCUGCAGCACCUGGGCUCUGGCACGUGGCAGGAGAAGCCAGCCAGCCCCAGCCUAGCGCCCUCCUCCACGCCGAGCCCCAGCCUGAACCUGGGGAGCACGGAGGAGGCCCUCCGGGACAGCGCGCAGGUGAACGCCGUCACGGUGCUCACGCUGCUGGACAAGCUGGUGCACAUGCUGGACGCGGUGCAGGAGAACCAGCACCACAUGGAGCAGCGGCAGAUCAGCCUGGAGGGCUCCGUGAAGGGCAUCCAGAACGACCUCAACAAGCUCUCCAAGUACCAGGCGUCCACCGGCAACACCGUGAGCAAGCUGCUGGAGAAGUCGCGCAAGGUCAGCGCGCACACCCGGGCCGUCAAGGAGCGCAUGGACCGGCAGAGCGCUCAGGUGAGGCGGCUGGAGGCCAACCACGCCCAGCUGCUCCGGCGCAACCACUUCAAGGUGCUCAUCUUCCAGGAAGAAAAUGAGAUUCCUGCCAGUGUGUUUGUGAAGGAGCCGGCCUCCAGCCCCGCCGAAGAGAAGGGGGAGCUCGCCGACGAGAACAAGUCCCUGGAGGAAACCCUGCACACGGUGGACCUCUCAUCGGACGACGAAUUUCCCCUCGAGGAGGCGGCCCUGGACGACAGCGCGGAGGAAAGGGUAGAAGAGAGCAGGGCGGAGAAAAUAAAGAGAUCUAGCCUGCGGAAAGUAGAUAGCCUCAAGAAAGCUUUUUCUCGCCAGAACAUCGAGAAAAAAAUGAACAAGCUGGGCACAAAGAUCGUAUCUGUAGAGAGGAGAGAGAAGAUCAAGAAAUCCCUCACCCCCAGUCACCAGAAGACAUCUUCGGGGAAAAGCUCCCCGUUCAAGGUCUCUCCCCUCACCUUCGGGCGGAAGAAAGUCCGGGAGGGAGAGAGCCCAGCCGAAGCCGAGACCAAGUCUGAAGACGCGGCGAGCAGCGACCAGAUACCCGCCGAGCAGGAGGACGGACUUUCCGGAACGUCGGCGUCCGGCGCCCUGGCGCAGGGACAGAGCAGCGAGGCGCUCGCAGGAAGGGCGCCCCGGGGGAGCAACGUCGACUUGACCAUUGAGGAGGAUGAAGAAGAGCCCUCGGAGGCCGUGGAACAGGCCCGGGAGGUUCACUACGAGGGCGGCGACCGGCUGACCUCGGAGGGCGCGGAGGGCGCGGUGCCGCCUGCGGUGCUCCGCGUGGACCAGGCGUCCUGAGCGCCGCGCGCCGGCCCGGCCUGCGCUCCGGGGCCCGUGAGGACCAGCGCGCGGAGCCGGCCUCGCGCACGUCCCCUGCGCCGCCCGUCCCGCCCGUCCUCGUCCGAGCCGCCGUCCUUCCCGCUGCGGCAGCGUCGCACGCAGGCCCGAGAUCUCGACCACCGCCCGCCCGGCGCGCCUUCUCGCUGGCUCUCGGGUUCCCCGUCGGUGUAGUUUCUGCAG